UAAACUUGACUACCCUCAUACGAGCCACACUUUAUAUAGAUCCUCGGCUGUUCCGAGCGACUUAUCUGGAACGAACCAUCCUUCUUCGGCGCUACCGCGGCUUCGCAGAGCCAUGUCCACGCGAGUACUAGGCAGCAAUCACUGGAACAUGCUAACGCCCGACCUGAUUCACUGCAUCGCGGAGCACCUGAACCCUAAUGAGCCCGCAACCACCCUGCGGAUGUUGAACAAGGAAACGGCAGCGGCCCUGUCCGGCAAGUAUGCGACAAUCACCUUAGCACGAGCAAGUGGGCCUGACAGGCGGUUCUCAAGGGGCCUGAAAAUUGCCGUUUCGCCAUGGCCGGGGAGAGCGUUCGUGGCGCAUUGGUCGCGGCCUGAGCCUUGGCGUACGCUGACGCUGCCCCAGCGGCGCCGGCUGCUGUGCCUGGCCGCGUCCAGCCACGACGCCGCGAGCCUGGAGGCCGCACUGGCCUUCUCCGGCGCCGGGUUGGCCUGCCAGGUCGUGGACGCGGCCGCGGCCGGGGGCGACCUGGCGGCACUGCAACGCCUGAUUGAGGAGGGAUGCGACCGCAGCGACCGCGCAGCGGCGCUCGCGGCGGGCUAUGGCCACUUGCACAUCCUGCAGUGGAUUGCCGCUGACGCCUAUCCUGUGCGGGAAGCGCUGGGCUGGGCCUCGGACGCUGAAGUGGCGGAGGCGGCGUGCGAGGGCGGCCAGGGCCACGUGCUGACCUGGUUUGAGGGAGGGUUGCGGCAGCAACCAACGGCUGCGGCGGCGGUGGCAGGGCAGCAGCCGGCCGGCCAGGAGGGGCCGCACGAGCAGCAGGGGGGACAGCAGGAGGGGCAGGAUGCCGAGCCCAUCAGAUUGGAGUGCGUAGCCGCACGCACUCGCAGCCACAGCCGGCCGCAACAGCCGCAGCCGCAGCCGGCUGCUGCGCCUUUCGCAAGGAAUUUCGAAAGGCUUGUCUUCGCGGCUGCGCGCGGUGGUCACAGCGAGCUACUCACCCGGCUGCUGCGCCCUGACGGCGUGUACGCGAGCAGGCUGGCGAAGCUGUCCAAGGAGACGUGGUGCACGGCGCUGGGUAGCGUCGCAGAAUGCUGCCCGCUGGCCUUCCUGCGCCAUUUUUACGACGAGCACUUUGCCCCCGGCUUCACAGCCGCCGACGGCGGGACAAUGCACCUGGAUCUGGGUUUGGCGCUAUGCCAGGCGCUUGAAAGCAGUGGUGCAGAGUGGCGGGCGCGGGCCGACUUCCUGCUGUCGCGCUGGGCCGCGCCCACCGAGGGCCAGGGCUCUAACGAGCGGGUGCGGGCGGCCCUGCUGGAGGCGGCGGGGUUCUGGCGCAAUGACCUGCAAACGCGCACGGUGAAAGCUCUGCCCGACGUGCUGCAGCGCUGCCGCUACCUGGCCGCUCGCGUGGAGGAGGCGGGUGCAUCUACAGCCGGCGGCGGCGGCGGCGGCGGCGCGGGUGCCGCUGAGGCCAGCAGUGGGGGCGACGAGGCCAGCAGUGGGGGCAAUGAGGCCAGCGAUGGGAGCGACGAAUUGAUAAGCACGGAGGUGGAGCACGACAGCGAGGCGGAGGAGGAGGACGAGGAGCAGGAGGAGGGGCCGGAGGAGGAGCAGGAGGAGGGGCAGGAGGAGGAGCAGGAGGAGGGGCAGGAGGAGGAGCAGGAGGAGGGGCAGGAGGAGCAGGAGGAGGACGAGGACGAGGAGGAGCAGGAGGAGGACGAGGACACCGACGGACCUGACAUAGCCGACGAGGUGGUGGAAGGUGGCGCUUGGUGGCAGGUGGCUGCGGCAGACUGGGCGGCGAGGGCUGGCGACGCCGACGCCCUGGCGGAGCUCCUGGACUGGUGGCAGUCGCCAGAGGCCACCGGCAUCGCGCCGCCGGACGUGGAAGGCCUUGCGAACAGCGCUGCCUGGUGUGGACACGUGCCGGUGCUCCGCCUGCUCCGCCAGCGGUUCGGGCCGGCCGUAAUCAAGGGGUCCUGCAUCGACCACGCCUCUUUAAAUGGCCACCUGGAGGCCGUGAGGUACCUGGCUGAAGUGUUGGAAGCGACGGUGGAGGGCCGCAGUAGCAGUGGCGGCGGCGGCAGUAGCAGUGGCGGCGGCGGUAGUAGCAGUGGCGCCGAGGGUUGCAAGGCGCGCGUGGACUGGGGUGGCGUCAUUCGGGACGCAGGCUACCACGGCGCAGACCUGUCGCUGCUGCGGCUGCUGCACGCGCGGUGCGAGUCGCAUGGCUGGCUGCUCUCGGUCGGGGUGGGCGGCAGCAUUGAGACGGCGGAGUGGGCGAUGGAGGCGCAGCGUGCCGCGCACAGGGACGGCCGCCGGCCCCGGCUGCACCCGACCGAGCUGUGGUUUAUGGCUGGAGACGGAAACCUGGCCACCGCCACCUGGGCACUCGAGCAGGGGCUGGUGGGCCCUCUGGAUCUGGAGCGGUACAGCCCACACGGCGACGGCGGCAGCGGCGACGGAGAUGGUGGUCAGAGCAGUGGGGACGGUGGCGGCGGAGAUGGCGGCGGCGACAGUGACGAGCUGCUGCCGCUGCCCGACGAGGUCAUUGAUCUCCGCUAUGACCUGGGUGUGCACAUUGGACUCAAACAUGCACAGCCUGAGGGUGUGGGUGUGGUGGCUGAUGCAGCGGGAGAGAGCCGCGCUGCAGCGGGGCUGCACACUGGCGGCGGAGGAGGCGGAGGCGGAGGCGGAGGCGGAGGCGGAGGCGGAGGCGGAGGCGGAGGCGGAGGCGGAGGCGGAGGCGGAGGCAGAGGAGGCGGAGGAGGCGGAGGAGCAGUCUGCCGCCGCAGCCGGUGGGGCUGGCUGCGAGGGCGGUGCGGGAGCAGCAGCUAAGAGCGCCGGUAGCAGGACUGGGGCCGGUGGCGUCCGCACGGGUGCCGGCAGCAGCAGGGGCACGGGCAAUGUGUACAUCAAGUAUUGGGCUGAGCUUAUGAUCUGCGGUGUGGAGGACGUCAGCGGCGACACCGAGGACCUGCUGCCGCAUCAGCUGACGUGGCUGAUGCGGCAGCGGCUGGCGGCGGCGGAGUGGCGGAUGGCAGCUGUGGAAGGGGGCGGUGCCGCAGCAGGCGCGGCGGCCCUGUCAGCGAAGGCGCAGCGGGCCCGGGUUGAGGAGGCAAGGGUGGAGCUUGAGGAAGCACGCAAGGCGCUAGCUUGACGCGGGAGCACUGGGGCAUGCUAAUCCGUGGUGUCGUAUGGCGAUCAUGUUAAGAGUUUGUUGUUGCAAACACGGUACAAGCGCCAGACUGCCAGGCGAACGUCCAUGCGGGGGCUGGGAGCACAGUAGUUGCUGUAUGGAGAUGUGUUGCGAUUGUGUCCACGGAGCACACGGGAAGGCAGGAGGGCAGGGCGGCGAGGGGUGCGGUUGCGCUAACCGAUACGGUCACUGCCACGGAUCAUUGAGACCACCAGC